GAUGUAAAGCGACUGGUAAACCCCAGGGACAUAACCAAUGGUCAGGAGAGGCAUAGAAUCCCGUUAAUAUGUGAUGACGAGGUUCAGAAUGAAUUUCCAAGUUUCCACUACAUCCGACAUAAUGUUAUUUAUCAGAAAGCAUCAGUACCUAUCUCUCUUGCUCGAAUUGGGGAUGAAUAUUGCUGUGCAGAUUGCUAUGGGGAUUGCUUGAAGGCGUCAAUACCUUGCGCUUGUGCAAGAGAAACAGGUGGGGAGUAUGCUUACACAUCUGAAGGAUUGCUUAAAGAGGCUUUCUUGGACUCUUUUAUUGCUAAGUAUAGGCGCACACAAAAACAUCACCUUCACUUUUGCCAAAUCUGUCCAGUUGAGAGAAUAAAAAAUGAGGCCAAGCCUGAAAAAUGUAAAGGUCAUCUAAUUGGGACAUUUAUCAAAGAGUGUUGGACGAAGUGCGGAUGCAGUAGGAUAUGCGGAAAUCGGGUCGUGCAACGAGGGAUAAGAUGCCACUUAGAGGUGUUUUAUACUGGUGAAAGAAAGGGAUGGGGGUUGCGUUCUCCUGAUGAGCUUCCUAAAGGAACUUUUGUGUGUGAAUAUUCUGGUGAGAUACUAACAAACAUGGAGCUUCAUGAAAGGACAGCAUGUGCCACUCGCAAUGAGAAGCAUACAUACCCAGUCUUGCUUGAUGCUGAUUGGGCAGCCGAGGGAAUUCUUGAGGAUGAAGAUGCACUUUGUUUAGAUGCAACACAUUAUGGUAAUGUUGCGAGGUUUAUGAACCAUAGGUGUUGUGAUGCAAAUCUGAUUGAGAUUCCAGUUGAAAUCGAAACACCAGACCAUCAUUACUAUCAUGUUGCUUUUUUCACGACUAGGAAAGUGGAAGCCAAGGAGGAACUAUGUUGGGAUUAUGGUAUUGAUUUUACUGAUCAUAAUCAUCCGAUAAAAGCAUUCAGAUGUUCAUGUGGAAGCAAACUAUGCCGUGACAGAACUCGUAGCAAGGGUACAUCAGCAGCAGUAAUUGUGAGAUGAACAAAGACAGGUAGCUUGAUGAAGGAGCAAAUGGAGGAGUUUUGAAUUGUUUGGUGGAAUGCUUAUCAACACCCGCUUCCUUCCGGCGUUUGAUAUAAUUAUUCUCGGUACAUGGAACAAUGGACAAGUUCUUCCCUUGAUUAUUCAAGGAAUUUUGAAUGCUCUGUUUACAGAAAUUUAGUUUCUUUUUUAUUUUAUUUUAUUUUAUAAAGUAGAUUGUUGAAAGAGGUUAUCCGGCUGAUGUAAGGAUCAAAAGGAUAAUUUGCCCCUAGGAUUUCCAGACGUCGCACUUGCGAUUCUUGUUCGGGUAUGCGCAGUUUUUUUAAAGAUUUCAUUUCAGAGAUC